AUGGGGUUCACAGUGAACGAAGCCGCUAUAGACAAGGCAUUCAAGGCGAAUCCCGCCCUGCAAGGACGCAUUCUCGAAGCUAUCUCCGAGUAUCCCCAAUGCGUCGGUCUGUUCGAAGACAUCGCAAGGUUCAUUUGCUCCGAACGGGAAGCUCACCAGAGCCAGCUUCACAGCGCUUACAGCAUAGCACCCGCUACGGAAAGCCUGCAACAACAACAUAUCACGCCAGUUGAAGGACCUGCUUCUAAGAAAAGGAAAGUGGCCAAUGGAUUCGCUGGGUCUGCUGCGCCUGGGGCGAUGGGAGGAGAAGACUCUGCGUUGAUUGUUGGCAUACAAGGGGACGCCGAUUUGCAGUUAUACGUGCAAGACCUCUCUUUUACCAUCCCCCAAAGAAAGAAGCUCAGGCUGGAGUUUACGCAAGACCUGGGGGGCGGGAAUGAAUAUAUCAGAGCUAGAAAUCAGGCUUCUGCUGAGGUUGAAUUUGGCGUUCCUGUUGGCAAAAUCGAACAUGUUCUUUGCCUCCCAGUCCCGGAGAAGGCUCAACGACAGUUCAAUUUCUGCAUUAUACCGGAGUACAAGGAUGGAAUCACCAGUGCUCCGGACGGAGUGAUUACGUUUGAACCUAUGGUUUGGACAGUGCCUGAUGCACCUCCUCGAAGUGCAUAUUUGGGGUCGGGAACCCCAGUGUCCGAGAGUGCGAGCUUAGCGGAGACAUAUCAGACAUACUUCCAGAGUUUCCUAGACGGAAAAUUGAAGCAUGUCAAAGUAUUAUGUCCUGACGAGAAGGAGUUUGUGAGCGCCACCCCCGAAGCUCAUCGAAAGUCCGAGAAGGCAUAUCACGUCAAGGCCUUCCGAGGCAGUAAAGAAGGGUACCUCUUCUUCCUAGCUAGCGGGAUCUUCUUUGGUUUCAAGAAACCUGUUCUGUUUAUUGCAUUUGAAAAUGUGGAGUCUAUUUCAUAUACAGCUGUGCUUCAGCGGACAUUUAACCUGAACAUAACAACACGCUCGGCCGCUAAGCCAGACGAAAUGCAGGAGCUGGAGUUCUCAAUGAUUGACCAGGCUGACUAUCCGGGGAUUGAUGCAUAUAUCAAGAAACAUGGCUUACAGGAUGCCAGUCUAGCUGAGGAGCGCCGUGCAAAGAGGCUUAAUAUUAAUGCACCAAGGGGCGGGGAUGGGGCUGACGAUGGAAGUGGAAUGAAUGACGGGAGCGUUCCGCAAGCAGAGGAAGAAGAAUCCGAGCUGCAGAAGGCCCAGAGGGAACUCGAGAACCAACAAGCAGACGAAGAAGAUGAAGAGGAGGAUGACUACGACCCCGGAAGUGAGGGGGAGAGUGAAGGCAGUGGUUCGAGUAGUGAGGAGGAGGAGGGGGACGACAAUGCACGGGGUGCGUGAUUUGGUGUCCGUCAUAAAAGGGGAGAAGGUUGACGUUUGGAAUUAGUCUGAUACCGGCGUUAUUCGACAUUUGGAUAUUCCCGUGCUGGAACAUGAGGGAGCUGAACACUGGACGCUGUGUAUCAUUUACUUGUCUACUUGGUCACCCGUUUUGUCUUAUUGUUACUCUUUGUGUUGAACCAUUUGAUCAUCUAUCAGCUUUUUAUCAACGAGGUCGUUUCUCAUUCACUUGGGUGCCUCUUAUUGCGUUCCGCUACCGGAUCGAUAGGCCAGAGCACCAGUUUUCCUCGAACACAACACAUCAGAGUAGUAAAUAGGCAGCAACAUGGGUCUAUAGAAUGCUAUCCACUGGCGAUUGUAGAUAUUGUAUUUGAUGGUAGUUAAGACGCAAGGACAGAUCAUAGCCCGCAACUCGAAAUAACGAUAUUCCUCUAUAAACUUCCCCCCCAUCUAUCGCCAUUGAACUCGACUACACUGGCCCUAGGCUCUCGCAGGCUAGGAAUCCAAUCCCUACUAUCCCCAGUAACAUGAAGCCAGCCAUUCAGAUUGAUAACUUGGGCGCUGCGUAGAAAUGAAUAAACACUUCGCUUGGCGCUUAAGCUA